AUGAUGAAGACGGAGGUCGAAGAGGAUUCGAGGUCAAGGAAAGAGGGUGGUCAGGUUACUGAUAACUGCAGGUUUAUAUUUUAUAAAAUUGGACGUAUCCAAGAAUCGAAUAACGAACUAAUCCGCAACGGUUCCGGAUUUUUUUAUAUGGAUUCAAAUACUCGGGAAUGGGAAGUUUCGGAACUGGGAAUUGAUAAUCCGAAACAAUCAGUUGGUCACACUUUGCAUCAAUAUUAUGAAGUCAAAAACAAUCCAGAGGUGUUCAGCAUAAUGUACAACGAUGAAUUCCCGUAUCCCAACAAUGGUACCUGGUCCAAGAGUGCUGGACAUACCAAAGGUAACACAUCAGAUGCUCAGGCUGCAUUUUGCACUUGA